AUGGCGGUGCCCAGGCCCUCGAGCCCGCAGAUGACCGAGGACAGCCAAGUCAUCGCCCUGCUCGAGCAGAACAACAAGCUCCUCCAAGGAGUUACCAAGCUCCUCGAGGAGCAGAGCAAGCUUGCCGACUUGCAGAACCAGAGCCUCGCGCACAUCGCCGAGAAGGCGGGGUGCGCCGAGAUGCGCCAAUGCCAAGCCAGCGGCGAGGCAACCGACGCUUCGAGAAUGUCGGGGAUGCGGUGUCGAGGGAGCUCCGCACUGCACCACAAGAAUAUUCGAGGCGCCGCGUUGGCGAGCGCCCUCAAGAAUGGAAGCCUCGAGGGGACCAAGUACGAGGGCAUCUUCCGAGGCAAGGAUCGGCGCCGAAGCGAGCUCUUCUGCGCGAUCUUCUUCAAGACGCACAUCGAGCGGAGCGGCGAGACGUUCAACGCCUUCGACGACGCAGACAAGAGCGUCGAGACGUUGUUCAAGAUUUUGCCGAGCUCCCGAGCGGAGUUGCUCGACGAGGCCAAGACGCACGACGCCAUGGUCGGCGAGCAGGUCGAGAUGAUGCCCAAGGGGCCCGCGACCGACAUUGCCAGGCGAGUGCUCGGCGAGACGCCCGCAGAUCUGCAAGCGCUGUACGAGAUCAUGCCCCCAGUGAACAAGCAGUACAAGCCCAUCUUGCCGAGCGACAGCGACGAGCCAGACGAAGACGCGCGCGCGUUCGACACGGUCGCCUCCGUGCCCGAGGCGGCCAAGCCAUACUUCGAGCAGUUCCAGGCAAACAGCAUCGAGAACUACGAGAACGAGCGCAUCCUCGUGACCGAGGGGAUCUUUGCCAAGAAGCGCCACGAGCUCGAUCAACACGGGUGCUUCAUCAGGCGCGCCAAGAUGGACGAGGACACCAAGUACCAGAAGAAGCUCGAGCACGAGAAGAAUUUCUUCGACAUCUACGCCCAGAAGAAGUUCCCGAGCUACUACAAGAGCAUCGAGGAGCACAAGGAGAUGUGCGACGAGAAGAAGCGCAAGCAGGAGCUCAAGACGUCCGAGGCGCAGGCUUGA